AAAGAGCUACGGUUCCACUUCAAUCAAAACAGACGGUUCUCCGCAGCAUCCAUCAUUAUUUACCCCGAACUGGUCCCUCUGUGUUCGGCGUGAACGAGAACGAGCCGUCGCUUUUCCGCUGAACGCACCGUGUUUGUUAAUGACGAUUUAAUUCACGUUUCGGCGGCUGGUGUCGUUUCUCGGCGGCUGAACAUGACGAGCUACAAGGGGUUUCACUCUCAACUGACGUCCAUCAUGGAGGCGCUGACCAAAGCGGCGGUGGCGGAGAUCUGCGAGCUGGUGGACGACAGCUACGCGGUGCUGCGGCUGGAGAUCACCCGCAGCCAGAAGGAGAACGAGGCGCUGCGCAGGAAGCUGGAGCUCAUCGAGUCCAUCAUCGCCCGGGGUCACCGGGGCAGCGCAGCCGUGCUGGAGGAGGAGGAGGGCGGCGAGGGACUACUGGAUUUCGCGGCCGAUCACGUCUCGCCUGUCGGAGUCGGCCCCAAGCAGCCGAAGGCCUCGAACCUCAGACGACGCGUCGCGGUGCUGGAGGCAACCAAAGAGGAUAGUUCGACAGCAGCUGCCGAGGAGCCAAACGAUCAGGAUGUCGUUCUGAUAAAAGAGGAAACGGCAAAAGAGGAAGUGGACGGCGACCUCGCCGCGACAGACGAGCUGCUCAUCAGUGAGGACGGGAUGGAGGUGCCGACGUCGGAGACCGACGACAGUGAACAGGGCCCCUCUCGGUUGACGAUCUCCACCGUGACCGGCGCCGACCGGCGGCCGUGGGACCAGAAUAAUAACGGCGUGUCAGAGCGGCUUACGCAUCACGAGUCCCGCAGCGCGCCGGGAUCCCCGCACCCUGCAGGGGGCGUUGAAAGCUGCUCCUCGGACAUUGUGUUCGAUUUGGCGUCUGAUUCGGGCGAUAAUGUUGCGUCCGCGCCUCACAACAGGAAGUCAUUCCUGCUCGAGUCAGGAGGAAGUCCCGCCUCGCUUCCCGGGACCUCUGAGCUGAAGCGAGGCGUCUCCCUGAUCAGCUCUCUCCCCUUUGACUCAGAGCUGGAUCUGUGCUCCUCGUGGACCAAUCAGGGCCUGCCGAGCAUGGUGCCCGUGUCACACCGGUCGUACCUGAAGCCGGACCAGAGGCCCACGCUCAUGGAAAAACCGUCCGACUUAAACACCGGCGGUUUCCCUUUGGCGCUGACGCUCGGUGGCUCCAGGCUGGACGCUCUAGAUCUCAACCGCUACAGCAGGGACCGCCGCUUCGUCUGCAACUACUGCGGCAAGUGCUUCACGUCGUCCCGGAGCCUAGAGACACAUGUGCGGGUUCACACCGGCGAGCGGCCGUACAGCUGCGCUCAGUGCGGGAAGCGCUUCACGCAGUCGGGUCAUCUGAAGACGCACCAGAGCGUGCACACCGGGGAGCGGCCGUUCGCCUGCGAGCACUGCGGGAAGAGAUUCGCCGGGAAGCAGAACCUGAGGAUCCAUCAGCAGAAGCACCAUCAGGGCGAGCAGGCGGCGGCACCCGUUUACAAAGCUCUUCACGAGCAGCUCUCCGUCAUCAUGGCCGCGCUGACUAAAGCGGCGGUGGCGGAGAUCUGCGGGGUGGUGGAUGAAGGCUACGCGGUGCUGCAGCUGGAGAUCAGCCGGAGCCACAAGGAGAACGAGGACCUGAAGAAGAAGCUGCACCUCAUCGAGUCCAUCGUGGUCCGGGGGAGCAGCGGAGGAGGAGGAGGGGACGCCGCGGAAGGACCGGAGGAGGCGCCGCAGAAGCCGGGAACACCGCAGCAACCCCGGGAAGGUGACGGAGGAGGAACCGCGGCUGGAGCCGGAGGAGCUGCUGGGGCGGUGCGGGAGGAGCUUCCAGAAGUGGUCCUGAUCAAAGAUGAAGACUCGGACAGCAACGACAUCUUCGAGGAAACUACUAAAUCACCUGCUGAUGGAGGGGCGGCUUCGGCCAGAGAGGGCAUCGCAUCGACUCCAAUGACCCGGCGCGCAAAGAGACGCUGGCGGGAAAGCGUGGAGGCCGAGAAGAGGUCAUCUUCUGAGCAGAUUGAACAUAAAACAUGCGACGUGACGGCGGGGACGCAGGAGACUGUGUCUGUCUACUCUCUGGACUCUCCUGAGGGUGGGCCGGGCGUCUCCGGGCAGCUCGAGGAUGAGGUCGAGAUGGAACCCGACGAGUCUGUUGGCGCCUACUCGUCGCAGAUGGACCCAGACGUGCAUGUGGUUCAGGAGUGCUCGCUGGUUUCUUCGAGCGCCAACAGGCCGGUUUAUUUUAGUGGCGGCGCUCUGAUCGAGUCUCCAUCAAACAGCGCCGAACUCGGUCUCGCUGUCGACCAAACAUGGCCCAAACAGUCAAAGGGUCAGAUGACUUUUGCGCCGUUUCACCAAAACGGAAAUACGGACAGCAGCGCUUUUGGACUGAAGCUGCUCAGCGUGUCGGGCUCGACCUCCACAGACUGCCAGCUGUCCGAAGCCAGCAGCUCUGCGUUUGAGUACGAAGACGGCGGUGGCGACGUCGUGAACUUUACGCUCUACAGGGACCAGCAGGGCCAGUCCCAGCUCUGUGACGGGCAGCCGAGCGUCGGCGGCCGAGGGAAGCGCUUCGUGUGCUCUCUCUGCAACAAGACGUACGCCACGUCGCAGAACCUGGAGGUCCACAUGCGCAUUCACACGGGCGAGAGGCCGUUCAGCUGCGAGCAGUGUGGCAAGAAGUUCACCCAGUCGGCUCACCUGAAGUCGCACCUGAGCGUUCACACUGGCGAGCGGCCAUAUGCAUGCACACUCUGCUCCCGGAGCUUCAUCGUCAAAUACAGUCUCAAGUUGCACAUGAAGAAGUGUCACCCAAAUCGAGCCCGCGGUGUGGACUGUUCUGCUUCACACACGCACACGCUGGAGUGGACAAUGUCGCCGGCCGCCGCCUUCCACGCGCAGCUCGCCUCCAUCAUGGAGGUGCUGGCCAACACGGCCGUGGCGGAGAUCUGCGAGCUCGUGGACAACGGCUACUCGGUGCUGCAACUGGAGAUCUCGCGGAGCCGCAAAGAGAACGAGGUGCUGCGGAGAAAGCUGCGGCUCAUGGAGCUGCGGACCGCCCGCGCGACCGCCCUGAGAGCCGCGGUCACCGCCAGCGGCACCGCGGUGCUGCACGCGAGCGGCCGCGCACGAGCCGAGCUGAGGAGAAGCUCGAACCCGACAGGUGAGGUAGUGUUGUCCAGAGUGUCCAAUCAGGAGACGUCUCGGUCCGGAGACCACAGCCCACCUGCAGGGUCGAGACAGGAAAGCAUGCAGAGGAUGCAGCCGGCAGAUGAGACCGCCGCCGCUGUGAUCAAAGUCGAGGAUGAUGACGGCGUAUCCUGGUCCCAGUCUGAGCCGGACAAAGGUUUCUGUCGUGUUGAAGAAGGACAGAUGGAGGCAGAAGCGCCGAUCAAACAGGAAGCAGGGAACGAUGGUGGCGUCUCAUGGAUGAGUGGGGAAGUGAGCUCCACCUCUGCCCAGAACACCCAGAGGUCAGAAACCAGCAGUUACGACUGUUUGAUAUUUGAGCCGCAGCUUCAGCUCGGCUCCUGCGCUUCCCAGAAUUCUCUGGGAGCGGAGGCUGGCUGCUCAUCAGCGUCCGAUUCAGGCGGCAGCUUCCCGUUCCCGCUCAGUGAGGCAAGUCUGUCUGCAGCAGAGCGACCUGCAGGUUUCCAGAACAGCCAGCAGAGGGUGGCACCUGCUGACGAGCUUCCUGUUAGGAAGGAGACAGCAGGAGACCAGCGCUCCUUCAUCCGGAGAGGCGGGUGGAGACAGCAGGACGCUGUCAGCAGAGCGGCGAGCCACAGAGGUGAGGACAGCGGGGGGAAAUCGUUUGUCUGCAACUGCUGUGGGAAAACGCUCGCCUGCCUCAAGAACCUCAAGACCCACAUGAGGGUCCACACGGGCGAGAAACCGUUUGUCUGUGCGCUCUGCGGUAAACGCUUCUCAGACUCCAGCAACCUCAAACGCCACCAGAGCGUCCACACAGGUGAGAAGCGCUACGGCUGCGUCCACUGCGGCAAACGCUUCGCCCAGUCGGGAUCGCUGAAGGUCCACAUGACCGUCCACACGGACUGCAAACAGUUCAGGUGUUCCUACUGCAACAAGACGUUUAUAUCCGGCAGCCACCUGCGGCGCCACAUCACCGUCCACGCAGGAGAGAAACGAUUUGGUGCCGCCGUGCAGUGAGCGGCGUUAACCCAAGUUCAUAGGUCAAACACAGAGGACGAGGUAUCUGUGAUGAGGUAGUCCCAGAUACACGUGACCUACUGUAAAAAUGUGUGUCAGUUACAUUUGAAGUCAAAAAUGGAUGUUUUAGAUCACCUGCAAACAUGUUUGUACAUUUUAUGGAAACUGUGACGCCUGAGGAGCAGGCGCUCUGACAUCAGAGCCGCCAUGUUGGAGCGCUGGGGAUUGACCCACCUUCCAGCUGCUGCUUUCAGUCUUAAUCAGUCUUUUGAGUCCUACUUGGUCUGGUCUUCCUCCCAGGUGAGGAGACACCCUGGACAGAUUAUGUCUCUGACCUGGCUUGGGAACUCCUCAUGCCCUUCUAGAAGAACCGGAGGCAUCAGGUUCUCUGCCUAGGCUGCUGACCUUUGACCCAGAUAAUAGAAAGGAAGGCAGGAAAGGCUUUUGUGCCCACUGGAAAAUGUUUGUCUUCAGAAUCAAGGUUGUUAUAAUUAAUUAAUAUUCAGCUUUAGUGAACUGAAAGAGAAAACAAACCAAUACUUUGUGCAUGCUUACUAAACUAAAUCCUUCCUUUAGUUUCAGUCUUAUUAAAAGUUGGUGAAACCAAAUAAAGCUUGAGGAGAUCUUGCUCUUUCCACGUGUCCUCCUCUGUGGCUCUGAACCAAAAUCACGAAGCUCCAAAGAUAACAAGAUUAACACCUCUCUCAUUGUAAUUACAGUAAAAUGCUAAAACUAAUGAAAAGUGAACUAAAACCAAACAUUUAUCCAAAGUUCAGUCACUCCGGUCAGAGAGAGAGAUGGUACUCAAAGAAGAAAAAACUUCCAGGAGGGAAAAAAAAGCUUUUCUAAAGUGUAGAGAUAAAGUGCCGUUAUAGUAAAGUCAGUGAAGAAGUGUGUGUAGUUUGAUGGGCCUGGCUGUAUAAAUCUGUAGGAUGAAUCUGAACAUCCUAGAUAAUGUCGUUCUUGAGUUAUUGUGCUCACAAGGUUUUCCGAAAACUUGACCUCUGACAUUUACUUCAGGUCAGGGUCACCGAGAUUUGAACUCGUCCAAGAUUUUAGUUAUAUCUACGUAGUGAAUUUGUACAUAUUAGGUGACAUCAUUCUCGAGUUUUGGCCAACGUUAAAGUUUUUGUGGAACAGACAAAGAUUAUGACAGAAUCUCGUCUUUUUCUUCAGAACAGUUGAGCUAACUAGUGGUUCCCAAAGUGUGGCCCACAGCCUCCUCGUGGCCUGAAGCAAUUUCAAGUUUUAGUAUUUAAAAAAAACAAAAAAAAACUAACCACUGUUUAUUUCAAAAUUUCCAGUAAAUAUUUACCAAACAGCCAUCCUUUCGUUUCUUCUAAAGUUGGGUCAAGGGGGCAGCAGGCUUAGCAGGGUACUCAACUUGCCAAGACUUCCCUUUUUCCAGCAGUGUUUUCCAGUUCAUCUUGGGGAAUCCUGAGAUUCUCCAGGGUGGAGAUGUAUAAUCUCUGUGGGGAUUUUUGAAUCUCCUCUCGUCUGGCUGUGAUUGGGAAAACCUCCAAAGGGAGGUGCUCAGGAGGCAUCCUGAUUGUGUCUGGAACCUCCUCAGUAGGAACAGCAGCUCUACUCCAAGCUGCUCACCUCCAUCUCUAAAGCCCUGUCCUUCCUGGAAGAGACUGACAUUGAUGUGGUGACUGGAGGUCAUUCAGUGCUGGUGAAAUUUAGCGACAGCAGGUCAAGUAAUUUAGUUUUUCCCUCAACUUUGAUGUGAGUGAUAGAAAUGGCUACAAAUGGGAGUGAAGGAUGCUGAAUACAUUAACAGUUACCACAUGCUCCUUAUGGAACCGUAGGAACCGGGGGGUUUAUAACGCCUUGUUGUCAGUUUACUUUCAUAUGUGGGAUAAACUUAACUUACUGGACAGGAAGUCAAUUCGUGAGCAGUUUGUGGCCGCAAAUGAGAGGCGGAAAAACAUUUUGGCUCUUUUGCCUAGGCCACUGGUUUUUAACUUUUUGUGUGCUCUGGCACCUGAUUGGCCAAUUAUUAAAUGCAGGGCUGUAAAGCAGAGACAUAUAUACAUAGAUGCUGCAUUGAGCGGGCUGGCCUGUUGCUGUGACACGUCAGUGCGUCUGCCAUAUUGGAUGCAGCAGAUCUGCACUGUAGACUGAUACAAGUCAAUGGACUGAACUUCAUAAAGCGCCUUUCUCCACAGUUAUUGAAGGUAAAGCGUUCAUUCACACAUUCAAAUUUGCACUAAUAUACACUGAGAAACUUCUAGGCACAAAAAAAAAAAUUGUUUUCAAAAUGUUAGUGGCCAAAUACGAUCAAAAUCAACUCGCCACUCUUACCUGUGAAAGGUAAUCCCAUGUGUCCCCAUUUUGACUGUAAAAUGGUUCGAACAACUCCACGCAGCACCAGAGUGCAGCAUCUCUCUCAUGUUAUGUUGGCUGCUUUUGCCACAUCCAAUAUGGCGGCGACGUUGACGUACGAGUCAGCGCUCAAUGCGGCGUCUAUGGCUCCGUUUGCACGACAGCGUUUUUGAUGCGUUUCAGCAUUCUGUUUACACGAUAGCGUUUCAGAAACGAUCUGUGUUUACACGAAGACGCGUGAAACGGUGAAAACGAUGUAGUUCCCAUGCCAGGCCACAAGUUGGCAUUGUUUUCUUUUUGCAAACCUUGUUUACGCAAGACACAGUAGGAAGUGCGGCAAAUUGUUCAUUAUUUACAA